UGAGAGUCGGCUCCACGGCGACAAAGUUCGGGAUUCUCUGGCCCGGAGUGCCUUUGCCGGGAGCGGUGUGAGCAGUUCCGGGCGGUCCAUGGAGGCCGCUGUUCACUCCGUCUAUCGGUGCAGGCCUUGCGGUGAUGGACUCUGGAUCGAAUAAUGCGCGGGGGCUGUGCUGAGUUCCCGUAGCUCUUUGUGAACUUUUCCCGGAUCCCUCCUCCUCCUCCCCCCCCCCCCCCCCCCCCCCACUUCCAACCUCCCGGAGAGCGGACUCCGGCCACUUCUGUGCUCGUAGGCUCCGACUCUGUUCGCACUAUGUCCCCGCUGCCCCAGGGCGCCCUAGCUCUGGCCCUUCUCCUGCUCUGCGGCUCCGCUUGGUCUGAGAUCCCAAAGCGAAAUUGCUUAGAACUGCUGCAAGUUUCCAACCCGAGGGGCAUCGGCCAUAGUAACAUCCGCCAGCAAGGCAAGGAGGGAAAUCAGCAGAAGGUAUGUUCUCAGCUCAAUACAUGUUGUACCUUUGAAAUGGAGGAAAAGCUCAGCCAGCAAGGUCAGCAAGAGUUUAACAAAGCUGUGCUGGAGACCAGCAGUGUUCUAUUAUCAACAUUUGCUUCGAGGUACAAAAAGUUUGAUGAAUUCUUCAAGGAACUUAUAGACAAUGCAGAGAAAUCCUUGAACGAUAUGUUUGUACGGACUUACGGCCAACUAUAUUUACAGAACUCUGAAGUAUUUCAGGAACUGUUUAAAGAGCUGAAGAAGUACUAUGUGAUUGGAAAUCUAAAUCUGGAGGACAUGCUGAGUGACUUCUGGGCUCGACUCCUGGAGCGAAUGUUUCGGUUGGUGAACCCUCAGUACCAUUUCACUGAAGAAUAUCUGGAAUGUGUUAGCAAAUAUACAGAGCAGCUGAAGCCAUUCGGUGAUGUACCACGCAAACUGAAGCUUCAGGUGACAAGGGCGUUUAUUGCUGCUCGAACCUUUGCACAAGGUCUUAGUGUUGCACGAGAUGUACUGAAUAAAGUAUCCACAGUCAAUCCAACAACAGAAUGUACCAACGCAUUGCUGAAGAUGACAUACUGUCCACAAUGUCUUGGGUUACUCGCUCUUAAACCUUGUAAAAAUUACUGCCUCAAUGUCAUGAAGGGUUGCUUGGCCAAUCAGGCAGAUCUGGACACAGAGUGGAACAAUUUUAUUGAUGCAAUGUUGAUGGUUGCAGAAAGGUUGGAAGGACCAUUCAAUAUUGAAUCAGUCAUGGACCCCAUUGAUGUCAAGAUUUCUGAGGCAAUCAUGAACAUGCAAGAGAACAGCAUGCAGAUCUCUCAAAAGGCAUUUCAAGGCUGUGGCAAACCGAAGACUUGGUCAGCGAGUCGCUCAGCUCGAUCGGUAGCCGAUGGAUUCAAUGCUCGAUUCAGACCCUAUAGUCCUGAGGAGCGCCCUACAACAGCAGCUGGCACGAGCCUUGACAGACUGGUGACGGAUGUAAAAGAAAAACUUAAGAAGGCAAAGAAGUUUUGGUCAACCCUUCCACAUAGUCUGUGCAGUGAUAACAGUUCAGCAAGUGUGACAGAGCAGAAUGAGUGUUGGAACGGAAGCAACAAGGGCAGGUACACAUUUGCUGUAAUGGGUAAUGGCCUAGCCAGUCAGCUCAACAAUCCAGAUGUGAAAGUGGAUAUCACCAAACCAGAUAUGAUGAUUCGUCGACAGAUAAUGGCACUGCGGACAAUGACUAGUAAAGUGAAGAAUGCUUAUGAUGGAAAUGAUGUAACCUUCCGUGAUACAAGUGAUGAAAGCAGUGGUGAAGAAAGUGGAAGUGGUUGUUCUGGGUUGGAUUGUCAGUCGGAGUUUGAGUUCAUGAGUACAGAUGCUCCUGUGGUCUUUGGCCCCGUGGAACCCAAGAAAAUUGCUCCCAAAGAUUCUGCUCACUGCAUUAGACUCUCUCUACAAGUUCUACUUAUGAGUUGUUUGAUAAUAAUCUUAGAGCAACAGUUGCGAUAAUCUCACAAGUUGCUGAGAAGAGUCUUUGCACAUGGCUAUUUUUUAAAAUUACUCUGACUUAUAUCAUUGUGACUUUGACUUUAAUUUCAAUGUUUCUUUUAAUGUCUCAAUAAUGAUGCAUGGAUGCUGCUUUAUUUGUUUUCAGAUUGCCAUUGGCACCACUGAAUCUGUGUCGUUGUGCUUAAGUGAACACAGGACUUUCUCACUUUAACAUAUGAAUUUCAAAGUAAACGCAGGCCUGCAGUUAGUGAAUCUUUAAUGUAUUUUUUAAACUCAUUCUCAUUUUACUUUGUUGAAGAUAUCAGAAUCUUGUGUAAGAAAAUAUAUCAGUGGACUGUAAUGCACCCCACCCCCAAAGGGGCGAAUGGGAGGCACUUAAUUAACCAGGAGGGUUGCAGAUGGGAACCCCACUGCCUCUGUCCUCCACACGCAAUUAAUAUCUGUUUGAAGGUUUCACCUGCAGCCACUUGUGUUUGAACAGAAGCUGACAGGGCACUUGCCAUGCAGGGAGACCAAGCAAAUUGUAUCAAGUUUGUUAGAGAGCUUUUCAGCAGGGAGUGGUGAGGGGUGUUCCCUUUACUGAAAGUUGGUGCCUGUACAAGCAACAUCUAACAUUAAGAAGGGGAAGGGCUAUCAAUUCCACUCCCUACCCUUUCUACAAACUUCUCUUUACACCGUACCCAGCAACCUUCACUCACUUUGAUUUGUGAUCCCUUGGUAUUCUAGACAUCUAAUAGAUGUAUUGCUGCCAGUGGUUCUGACAGCAAUAACAAGCUGCUAGCCUCUGAAUGGCCGAUCACUUCAGUGGAUUCCCCAAAGAAGAUGACAUGGGACUUCUACCAAUUCUCCAAUUGCUGGACAAAAGCCUGUCACCAAGAUUAAAUUCUACCCUCUGCAUUUCAUGAUGAGGAUCUGCACAAAAGCAAGCAUAGAUAUCUUGAAAUUAUUUGGAAUAAUGCUGCACCUAUCAAUGCACAAAAAUACCUGUUAUUUAGUUGAGAAAUCUGCUAGACACUCAGUAUAAGUUUGUAAUUUAUUUUGGUUCUAUAUAUUUGCAGAAUGAUUAGAGCUGAGAUUAGUGAGCCCUUUAAUAAAGCAAGACAUUGGAACCUUUGAGAGGUGAUCUUAGAAGUGUUGGAAAGAGACUGCAGCACAAGCACAAGAAUUUGGCCAUAUGUUAACAGUGCUUGUUGACAUGUAGAGAAAUUGAAUUUUAUAUAAGAGAAAUCUCAAAGUUAAUUCUGGCAUGUGUUGUGUUUUGCCAUCUGCCUGAGUUACUUUCUGCAGUUUGAAGGCCAGUAACAUCUUCCUGGGAUUUAUUUUUAGCUGCAGAGUCUGAAUGCAAAUAUAAAUUUUGUUUUGAUUCCUGCUUUCAUUGUAAUGUUGAAUUUAUCUUUAUAUCAGAAUUUUAAAUACUUGUAAUUGCUAGCUCAGGGUCAAUACAUUGUUUUCUAAAAUUCUGUUCAGUAAUCUCAACAGUUUUUUUUCAGUCAAUAGAAGAUUAAUGGUACACAUUUGCUGUUGAUAAAUUAUCCUUUGGAGUUUCUUAUCUGUAGCAAGUAGUUAUUAAGUUUGAAAUAGAUUAUUUUCUGAGAGAAUAGAUUGUACAUAGCUGAGACACUGCUGAGUGCAUAGCUCAGCUAUCUGAAGGUGUUGAGGUUUGCUGUUCCUUUUAAUUAGACAAGGUAGAAUUUAAUUCUGGCUUUCUGGAAAGGAAGGGAUGAUUGUGUCUAACAUAUCCAUUCAUUGGCUGAAAUUCAGCUAAAGACCAGCAAAAUAAUGACAUGGUUCUGAGGGACAGCCAACUGUCAAAAUGCCUGCUGUGUCAUAUGCUAUCACUUAAGACAGACUAUUGAAUUCUACUUUCAUUCAUCUUGCAAAAGCCUAUUAUAAUUCCAGGAUUUAUAUUAUAUUGUUGAGACUAAUCAUUUAACUGAUUUUAUCGAAUUGUUAGUUCAUUUUUAAGCAAAGUACAAAAUAUCCUUGAUGUAAGUUGUGAAACAUUUAUAGUGAUUGGCCUUUUGACAAUGUUACAAAACAUGUAUGGUGGGAAAUGUCAGCACUGAAUGCAAAACAUUCUUGAGUAAAUGUGUGAAUGUUAAAUUUGGUUAUUUGUGUUAUAGUAAAAUCGGAACAUCUGGAA